AUGCCGAAAGGUAAAUCGCCGAACUGGGUAUAUAAUAAUCACGAUCGUUCUCGCGUUGUAUCGAAAUUUGGAAAAAAUCGUGCCGACCAGAUGAUCAUGUUAACUACUGUGUUGCCGGGUAUCGUUAUUGUAUAUCAGGGCGAAGAAAUAAGUAUUGAAAAUCGUCCAAUGACAUGGGACGAAACAGUAGAUCCAGCUGGCUGUAAUUUGGGCCCCAAUCGAUAUUACCUAGGAUCCAGAGAUCCAUACCGUUCGCCGUUUCAAUGGGACAAUACGACCAGUGCUGGUUUUUCUACGAAUAAUAAGACUUGGUUGCCCGUACACAAUAAUUACAAAACAUUAAAUCUUGAAACACAAAAAAUUGCGAAAAAUUCUCAUUAUAAAAUAUUUAAAAAAGUCGUCGCUUUGAAGCAAAAGCGCGUCGUACGCGAAGGCAAAAUACAAUUUAUAAAUAUAGACGAAAAAGUAUUGAUCGUCAUACGACACCUAGAUGAAGAUUUUGAAAAGGUCAAGGGUCCGGAUCAACAGGAUUUAGCGGUUUUACUCAUUAAUUUUACUAAUGAUAUGGUUCGUGUCAAUUUGUCUAACUAUUUGAAUGUUAAAAACUUGACCGUCUAUGUUGCAAGUCUUGAAUCACACAUAGAAGUCGGUUCUAAAAUUGAAGAGGAUCAUAUUGAUUUACCACAAGCGGCAUCAGUUAUAUUUGUGAAUAACUGA